GUUACGUGGGUUCGAGCCGGCGUAGGCCCCGCAAAGAAGGGGCGCCGGCGUCUGCGCCAGCCUGUGAGCUGAGGGACCGCCGACGCCUGUCACCGGUCAGCGGUCCCCGGUGCCGGGCCGCGGCGAUGGCGGGAGAGCCACGAGGCGGGCCGAGCGCUCUGUCCGCUCUCCGCGGCCCGCGUCGUCUCCCGGCCUGGGCGUGGGAGGCGGUCGUGCAGGCGCUGGCCGCCUCGCCGGGUCACGCGGAAGCGGACGGUCCCGCCUGGUGGCCGCAGCCUGGUCAGCCAGGGGCGCCCGCGACUCGGUGCCAGGAAGCCCCUGCUGCUGAGGCCUGCUGGGCCCUCCGCGGGCUGCCGUCUGUGCCAUCGUCCGAGAGCUCGCCCAAGACUCCGUCUGAUGGACACGUCGUCCUGAUCCCCGGCCCCUUCCUUUGGGCCUGUCGGUUGACUGUGUCGUGAUAGGAAGAAGGAGCCAGGGUUCUCGGCUCCCCCACCGCCCAGGCCAGGGGAGGCCCCAGGAGCUGUAGGGAGAUGCGGUUCGGCUGCCUCUCCUUCCGGCAGCCUUACGCAGGUUUCGUCUUAAACGGGGUCAAGACCGUGGAGACGCGUUGGCGUCCUCUGCUGAGCGGCCACCGGAACUGUACCAUCGCCGUCCACAUCGCCCAGAGGGACUGGGAAGACGCCACGUGGAGGAGGCUGCUGGUGGAGAGGCUGGGGAUGGCCCCCGCUCAGAUUCAGGCCUUGCUUCGGGAAGGGGAAAAGUAUGGCCGUGGCGUGAUAGCUGGGCUUGUUGACGUUGGGGAAACGUUGCCGUGCCCAGAGGACUUAGCUCCCGAUGAGGUCGUGGAACUGGAAAAUCGAGCUGUGCUGACCGGCCUGAAGCAGAAGUACCUCACGGCGUUUUCGAACCCCAGGUGGUUGCUGGAGCCCAUCCCCAGGAAAGGCGGGAAGGAUCUCUUCCAGGUAGACAUCCCAGAGCACCUGCUCCCCUCGGGGCAGGAGGCCUGAGGGGCGUGCAGGGUUACGGAGAACCCCAGCUAAGUCAUGACCCGUGAGGUGACCAUCGUGCCGCAGGCGGGGACCGCAGCUCUGGUCUGGCUUGGCCCUGCCGCGGAGAGCGCUGCCGCUGCGUGCUGUUCGUGGGCACGGAUUUCUCCGCUCCGGUGCGGGGGACGGGCCGGCGGGACUUUCCCUGUGAGCUGCCCGUCUGGGCUCCUCGACGGGCUCGAGGACUCGGAGCUUCAGGAGACAGGGAAAGCUGCCGUAAAGGCCUUUGCACCGCGACUAAUUUGGGUUGCACAAAGAAAUACGUUUUGGGGCGCCUGGGUGGCUCAGUCGUUACGCGUCUGCCUUUGGCUCGGGUCAUGAUCCCGGGGUCCUGGGAUCGAGCCCCCUGUCGGGCUCCAUGCUCCACGGGGAGCCUGCUUCUCCCUCUGCCCCUGCUUGUGUUCCCUCUGUGU